AUUCAGCAUAGCAUGCAUGGACACCUUGUCACUACAUCACUAUCACCCUGAGACCCUGCAUUCACUAGAUCUGGUCUCCCCGGACCCUGCAUUCACUAGAUCUGGUCUCCCCGGACCCUGCAUUCACUAGAUCUGGUCUCCCCGGACCCUGCAUUCACUAGAUCUGGUCUCCCCCGGACCCUGCAUUCACUAGAUCUGGUCUCCCCCGGACCCUGCAUUCACUAGAUCUGGUCUCCCCGGACCCUGCAUUCACUAGAUCUGGUCUCCC